CCUGCCAAUGAGCUGCUCGUGCAGGGAUUUGACAGACGCACGCACAAAACCCAAGGCCUUAUUGUUGCAGGGUGCUUUGGGGUUUGUUUGGGGAAGAUUUUUCUUGCUGAUGUAGGAAGGAUUUCCAAGCGGGUGGAACCGGCGGCUCCUUGUGCCCCCACCCUCCUCGGCUGCGGAUUCAUCCCUUGAAGAGGUCGCCACGACUCUCCACUCUGCUGAUCUCGCAUUCUGGAGGGGCACUUUGGACUGAUUUAUUCUUCAUUGGGGCGGACAUCUAACAGGACGUUCGGUCGGAAAUCAAGGCACUGCAGCUGAAGUUUGUGUGCGUCCAAGGCUGGGAGGCAGAAAGCUCAUUUAUUUCUUAGCUCAUCCCUUAUUCUUCGAGUUAUUUGCCUCCCACCCCCGGCCGCCGCGAGCAUCCCAGGUACUUUAGCACAAGUGGGAGCUUUCCUUGACCAUGUCCCGGCGAAGCCAGCGCCUUGGCACUGUCCGUUAUUACCAAAGUGAUGAUGUCGAUGAUGGUAGUAGCAGCAGCGGUGGGGGUUCACUGCUUGGUGGCCAGCAGGCCCUGUUCAAAGACAAUUCCAACAGCCGAAGCAUACGAAAGAAGUCAAACAGCAUAAAGCGUCCCUCUCCAGCCCUUAGCCUGGGAUCUAACACAGCUGGGCAUACCACCUACUACAGUGAGUCUGUGAUUAGCGAGUCCUACCUGAGUGACGGCAGGGGGAGUUCUGCCCGGACCAGUGCUGCCUUGGAAGAGCCACUGAAUAGCAGCUCUUACUGGAAUGAUGAAUCUUUGACUAGAAGAAGAAGAGGCACUGGAGGUGCAGAGUCCAGUAAAAUCAACGGGUUGGCAGAAAGGAAGACUUAUGACACCUAUGCUUCUUCAUCAGGCUACUCCUCUGAGGAUGACUAUGCAGGUCAUACUUCCUUGGAUCAGAAUGCUUCUGGUUCUGUGUUCAGGAAUGCGCUCUCCAAAGCAGGCUCUUUUCUGUGGCUGGUGCUGAUAUCACCAGGUCGAUUUUUUGGGCUCCUAUACUGGUGGAUUGGGACCACAUGGUACCGCCUGACAACUGCAGCCUCGCUCCUGGAUGUCUUUAUCUUAACAAGGAGCUAUCCAGUCUUGAAGAAGCUUUUCUUGCUGCUGCUCGUGCUCUUGCUAUUGACUGCGAUUGGUUAUGGUGGUUGGUAUUUUUACCCUUUUGGGCUUUAUCCUUCUAUGUUUUCUUGGGGAGCUGCAAAGUCAUCCCCCCCUGUUACCAAGAAGGUGUAUGAAGCUGGAGAUUUGAUGACACUCUAUGAGGCACAGCAGCGGGUUUUAUCUCGACUUCAGGCCCUGGAGAAGCGUUUUGAAACCUUGGAGGAUGUUGCGUCAGUGCUGGAACUCCAGAAAGGUGCAGCCACUACGGGAGCAGCUUUUCAGCAAGAUGAUAUCUUGGUGCUUCUAGAUGGGGUGGUGAAAAGACGAGAAACAGCCAUGAGAGAGGAUUUCCGCACAGAGACAGAUCUUCAUCUCCAGCAUGAACUGGAUGCUUUCCAAUCUCGGGUGCAGAAAGAUUUUGACAGUCUUUUGGAGAAAGUGUCUCAGGCUACCCAGGAUACGGAGACUCGAAUGGUCCAAAUGACUUCACAGUGGCAAAGCUCUACACAACAAAGUCUGAUGGGUGACUUCCGAAAGGAGAUGGGUAUGCUGGAGGCACAGCUGGCAGGCCUGAAGAAGGAAUUUGCAACCUUGGCUGCAGAUCAGAAGGCCUUGGCAAAACACCUGGAGUCUGUUCCAGGACAGAUCAAGAGAGUGCAAGAGGAUGUGGAAAUCCAGUUCCCCAGGUGGUUUAGCCAAUUCUGGGCUCAAUCUAGGCAAGAUGGAGAGGGCAGUAUGUUCCUGCAGCGCGAGGAACUACAGGAACAGCUCCGCAAACUGGAGCACAAGAUCCUGGCCAAAGUCUCUGAGGACCAGCAAUUGUCUGCACAGGAUGUUGGCAUAGCCCUCCAAAUGGAAGGAGUCAUGGGAGUAACAGCAGAGCAAGUGAACCACAUUGUGAAGCAGGCCCUAAAGCGCUACAGUGAGGAUCGCAUUGGAAUGGUUGAUUAUGCCCUUGAAUCUGCAGGGGCCAGUGUUAUCAGCACUCGGUGCUCAGAAACCUACGAGACCAAAACAGCCCUUCUGAGUCUCUUUGGGAUCCCCUUGUGGUACCACUCUCAGUCUCCACGGGUUAUUCUGCAGCCAGAUGUCUACCCUGGGAAUUGCUGGGCAUUCCAAGGCUCCCAAGGGUUUGCUGUCAUCCGCCUUUCGAGCAAAAUCCAUCCCACUGCAGUGACACUCGAACACAUCCCCAGAUCACUCUCACCCAAAGGAACCAUUCCCAGCGCCCCCAAGGACUUUGCAGUCUUCGGUUUGAAUGAAGAAGGGCAGCAAGAGGGCAUUCACCUUGGGAAAUUCACAUAUGACCAGGAUGGGGACCCCAUCCAGACAUUCCAUUUGCAGGAUGAAGAUAAGAGUGCUGCCUUCCAGCUGGUGGAACUGAGAGUUCUUAGCAACUGGGGCCACCCUGAGUAUACCUGCAUCUAUCGCUUCCGGGUACAUGGAGAGCCAGUCUCUUAACCCCUCCCAGUGCCAUACCCGUGCUAGCUGGCUACCUCAAGUUCUUCACCUCAAGAGUGACAAAGGCAGUGCCAGAAAGAAGAGCAGCAGGAGGUGGGCAGCACUGUUUUUGCUGCGUUGCUCAUCUGUGGGGAGUGGGCACUCAGCAGCCACCUUGUGGUCAAUUUAUUCUCUUCGUGUGUGGAGGAAGAAGAGGGCUCCUCAAUUUGAUCUUUUAUAAGCUGCUUUUUAACGUGUGUUUUCUCUUUUUGAAAAAGCCUAUGCAGUUCAUACUUUCCUCACACCCCUCUCCACAAGCAAAAAUUGCUUUCCAGGUUUUCCCUUGGAAAGCUCUGUCAGUGGUAGAUCUAGUGCUAUAUACCUAACUAUAUCAUGCAGGAGUAUUAGUUUAUCCUGUUUGAGGACAGUAGGUGGCUUCUAAGCUGUUGCUGUCUCCUUUCUGGGGCUGAUGGAGCUCAUUGCUGCUUUUACCUCAUUUAUAAAAGCUGGCUUGGUGUUGAUAGCAAUAGGGACCUACAGUGCUGUACAAUAGGAAUGGGCAGAUAGGCAGAAAUAAGUAUUCACUUAUUUAAAGAAAGUUUUCACAUGCCAGAUGCUGCAGUCUUGAAGGACAUGAAAAGCCUGGUUUAAAAGGAAAAACAGUAGAAACACCGUCUUGAGUAUUAUAAGCUUCCCAUUCCUGACAGGGCAGGCUACUGUCAAGACUCAGUCUCAUACCACAGUGUUAACUUUUUUUUGAAGCUUCAUGGGGAGUGAGGAGAGAGAGAGGCUGGGGCUUGCAUCAGCCUGGAAGAAUUUCCUCCUAAUCCCAAAUAUAUGGAGGCUGAUUGCUGCUGUUCAGGGGCAAGAGAAUGUAUUCUGUACAAUUCUGCCAACCUUCCAUUCUCAUGUAGCAUAUUUUAACCCAGAGGCUAUUUCCCUGCAGGUUGUGCAAUGUUGCAAAUAGGACCCAUGUUUAUUUACUUUAUAUCUAAUCUCUGAAGGGCUAAAGAAGAGUCACUGUCAGACAACGCAUCGACUGUUGCGCUAGCUAAAUGCAGCGUUUUACCCUGUUUCAGGCUUUUCCUUUGUAUAGACUGUAGUCAUUUAUCUGUUUGCCUCAUGGAAAAUUGACGUACUAGCUAGAACAAGCAUUUGGUCAGGUGCAUUAUUGUCCUGUUACAUGGUAGGGAAAACCUUUACUGCAGUGCUGCACCUGAACUUCCUCCUCUACACAUGCAGCCAAAUGAGGGAGGUCAGAGUUCCAAGUAGGGAACUGCAGCAGUGGGGAGGCUGAGUUUUUUUUUAAACUUGCCUGUAUAUAAACUGACAGCAGAGCUCAGCUUAUACCCCCUUUCCUCACUGCUGUGCUACUUCUAAACUACAGGAACUGUUGGCAGGGGGUGGAAUGUUAAAAAAUGGAACCCCUUGCCUUUAGUCUGAAGCAGACUACCUCAUUGGGUUGCAGGUGCAAACCAGGCCAGUUGAAAAAUCCAGGUAAUAACUGGCUGUUUUCACACAGUAAGAAGUCUCCAUGUUGCUUUCAUUGUAGCUGUGCAGCAAGGGUGUUUAGCAGCAGAGCUGCUCCCCGUAAGUUUCCUGCAUAUUUGUAUCCAAUUUUCUCUCAUCUUUCCAUACAGCUCCACUGUGACUGCUAUGGCCUCUUUUUUUCCCUUUCUGCACACAUGGAACCAGGGAGGUUCCAUGUGUACAGAAAGGAAAUUCUGUGUGGAAGCAGUUGUGGUAAAAUUUUUAUUGCCACCUAGUAAAGCAACACAGCAAAGCUAGCUUACCACUUGGUUACAUACAUGCUGUAGUAACUUGGUGGUGGAGUGUGCUGUCAUGUUACAGCCAAUUUACGGCUUUUCAAGGCAAGAGAUGUUCAGAGAUGGUUUGCUAUUGCCUGCCUCUGCAUAGCGACCCUGGAGUUUCCUUGACAGUCUCCAAUUCAUCCUAAUCAAAGCCAACCCUGCUUUAGUGUAUGAGAUUGGGCUAGCCCGUGGUCUGUCAAGGCCUGUGGUAACUUACCUCUUGGUAAAUGGUUGUUGAGAGCUGUAUUCAGCAGGAACAGCCCUCCUGGUAUUUGAUACCUCAUUAAUUAGUGCCUUCAUUUUAAGGCCUCUAACAAAAAGAUGAGGGACAAGCAGAUUGCUGAUAUUUUCAGCUCAGGCAAUUCCUCGUUUUGUCAUUUGAAAUAAUUUUGCCAUCUCAAGUGUCAUAUGCUACUUUACUCUGCAUACUUGUGCAUAAGGCACAGCUGUGGGAGGGGAAAAAUCAGUUAUGUUUGUAUAUCAAGGGAAAAUGGUUGGGUUUAAGAUUGUAAAUAGUGACUAUGAAAAGCAGUGCAUGCACCUCAGAGCAAUGGGGAAUCAACAGCGUUAUAUGUAUCUGAUCACUUCAGUGUUCUUGGGUUGUGAGGGUUAAUGACUUUGCCUCAAGGGAGAUAGUGCUUAGCUGGUGUAAUGUAAUGUAAUGCUGAGGUAGAUCUAGGCUGUAUUAGUAUUACUAGAUCUUGUAAAUAUAGAGCAAGGGAGAUAUAUAUAUAUAUAGUCACUCCUAGAAGCAUCCAAGAGAAAGCUCUUGUAGGUGGGAGGAAGAAUGGGCACUGAAAAACACCUUCAAGUUAGACAACUGAACACAUUGCUGGACUAGUUUUUAUUUGUAGGAAAUUUUUAAAUGAGCUUUCUAUGAGGGUAAAAAACCCCAAGAAAAUGCAAUCAGUAACCUGUACGUUUUUUCAGUGGGUAUCUGUUCCGAUCAAGAUUGGAGUCAGGAAAUAUUAUUUGCUCUAUUGAAGAAGGCAUCUCAGCAGGGGCUGUAAAAAUACUGUCAUGUAUUUUGGCCUGCAGCAAAUCCCUUCUUUAGAAUAUUUUGAUGACUACAUUCAGCAUGACAGCAAGGGACCCAUUCUGAAGUUAGUUUUCCCUAAGAUACACAUAGGGAAAGCCAUUGCAACUCCUUGUAAUUGACCAUUCAGACAUUACCUACUAGGACAUACACAAGCGAUGAUUCUUAAACUACCUUUCAAGUUGCACAGGGCUUAUUCCUAUCUGCCACCCUUUCCUCAACCCUUCUUUCAUUUUAAGAUAGAAGUAAGUAAAGAGUAAUAGAAUCAGCCUUAUGACUGCAGCUUGGCUGGUGAGCAGCUCUGGGUAAACUAGUUGCCUGCAUGAACUCACCAAAAAAGGUAGAACAUGGUUUGCUUGUGCAAAGAUUUUGCCCUUUGUUUCUGCAUUCAUUUAGAUCAGGGAAAGGUAUCUUUUAAUAUAUACUUGGAGUGCUAUUUAUCAUAUCAAAGAAAAAUGUUUGAGUUAUAGCUUAGCUCUUUGUACUCUCUGCAAGAUGGGAGUGUUAAGCACUGAUAUUUUUAGGAAACUGUCUAUUUGUUGAAGAUGGAAAAGCUUGAUUCAGCUUGAGAAAAAGUAAAGAGAUAUCUGAGUGCAUAUAUAUGAUCAAAUUUUUAAAAUUUUGAGUUAAUUGAUCUAGUAUAGUUACUGUACUUUGGAUCUAUAAUUAAAUCACUUAUAUGAAUAAUGGUCUUUCCUUAAUCAUAUCUGAAACAUGUAUUUUAGUCACACUGUGACGUUCCUGAAUGCAAGUACAAAAGGGAGAUUAAAAAUGAGAAGUAAUUAGUCAUGCUUGGGAGAGCAUGGGAUUUCAUUGACACCAGUGCAGCCCUAAAACGUGUCCUCAUUGUGGUGCUGCCUGCUGACACUUUUCGUGGUUGCUUAGAGCUUUUCAGAAAGUGGGUGAGGCUAGGUGAGCAUUGGCUGUGGAGAUUAAAAGGCUUGCUAUUAAACAGGGGUUUCACCUGAACUGCUGGAGAGGUACUACGCAGAGUUAUAUACAACCUCAAUCCCUGAAACCCACAAAAUGGCUGUCACACCUCUUGUGACAGCCAUUUUGUGCCCAGCAGCCUGCAUUUGUGUUCCAGUGGUACCCACAAGUUCAAAAAGGUUUGGGAACCCUAAGCAAGAAUUGUGACUUAUACAUUCAUUGUUACUCCUAUGAGUUAUUUUUCCCAUCAGCAGUCACAUGCAGCAAUACACAUCCCUCAGCUUUUUGGUACUGUAGAAUAUAGAAGCAUCAAAGCACCACUGAGAAAGAAGAAAAUGCAGUUAGCAGCUAGAAAUGCAGUUAUCCAUGGUAGCGUGUACAAAGCACCUUUUGAAGUAUGGUUUGCUUCUCCUGUAUCUACACUGUAGGAACUUCCAAUUUGUAUCUCUCUAGCCUGUUACAAAUGCUGCACUAUGUUGUUCAUCAUUUUAUAUCUACGGAUUGUAAUUUAUGCCUAUGCACACAAAAAAAUCCAAAACAAUAAAUUAUAAAUUUAA